AUGUUCAGCAGCAGAAAGGCUCGUCCGUCCGAUAGCUUCUCGUCUCGAUAUGGGACCAGCAAGUCGAUCAAGCCUAGAUCCUCCCACCGAGAGCAGUCCAUCACAAGAGCCCUCGAGAGGACGGAGUCCAUGAGGACCACCAAAAGAGAACCCAGUGCUCAUACGAGCCCACCGGCGGGGAGCACACUCACCUCCGCCAUCGUCACUCUCUGUGUCGGGCGUGAGCAGAGACUCUUUGCUGGACACGAAGAAGUCCUGUGUCGAUCACCCUUCUUCGAAGCUGCCUGCAGGGGCCAGUUCUUCGAGAACAAUGCGAGAAGAAUCAACCUCCCUGACGAGCAGCCGGAGAUCCUCUCCGCAGUUCUCGAGUAUCUCUACAAAGGGGACUACUAUCCGAAGUUGAUUCAGAACAAAAGAAAGGACACCUGGGAAGUCGAAGACGACGAGAAUGGCAGCAAUACCACCAUCUUCUGCCUUGCCGCCAAACAGACACUGAUGAAAGACACUGUCAUCUACUGCACGGCUGAGCGCUAUGGACUCGACGAGCUCAAACGCCUCGCCCUUCGCAAACAAGGCUUGCGACACGGCAUGCAGAUCUCCACCAUCCUCGCCUCAGCACGCUUUGCAUACAACCACACUCCCAACUCCGACUCGAAGCUCCGGGCUCAAUAUCUGACAUUGAUCAUCCGCAGCCGGCACAACUUCAAGAAAAGUGGCACUAUGAAGGUCGAAAUGGAGCAGGGCGGUACCCCUCUGUUUUUCGAUCUCUUCGUCGCCAUGUGUAAUCAUAUGGAUGACUUGAAGACCAUGCGGUCUCCUUUCUCAUCACCAUUCACUCGCUAG